GCCUCUUGACUAGUGUUUGCAGACGUUGCACUGCUAUAAGCAUGUUGAAAAACAUCAACCGAGGAAGUGGGGUUUCUGACUCUCCAGCACGAGCUUCUUUAGUGUUCGUGACACAAUUCGUGAACGGUUGGUGCAGAUAUGGUUCAAGCUGUCAUUAUCUGCACGAGUUGCCAUCCGUAUUGCCUCCAACAUCCCAAACAUGCAGAUACUUCCAGAAAGGUGUAUGCUGGUUUGGUGAGCGCUGCAGAUAUCUCCAUGUCACUAAUGUUGAGGCGGCCACCGCGGGAUUGAGUAGAAGGGGCUCGGCUCCUGCGGUUAACACCUCUUUGUUUGGCAACGCACUGCCUUACCGCAGAGGCUCAGAACCCUCUCUAAUACAAGCAUGGAGACCAUCCAGCCAUGGACAGUCUUUUCGGGGUCCAGAGGCCACGCAGGUCCCUGUAGCUCACUCAAACCACAGCCAUGGGCACCAGACCACAGAUAUUACAGAGGAGAACGCAGAAGGCCCAUCGCACGCUUCCCCCCAGCGACCAGUCAUUGCCAAGUCGUCGCACACUCACGGCGCUGAUCCCCAAGGCCCAGUCCAACCGUGUCCCGAGGUAUCGGCCCAGAGUGUAGUUCCGUCUGGCACACUGUCAGCUCAGGCAGGUGAAUGGAGGGCCCCAGUCAGCCAGCAGCAUGUGUCUUUAUCCCAGGGGGCAUCAGGGUGCGAUUCCUCCGCCCGUCCUGACCUCCAGCCAGAUGACGCAGACGCCUCCAGCCGGAGUCAAGACGUGACCUGCGGCAUCUGCAUGGAGACGGUGUAUGAGAAGGCCGACGCCGAGGAGCGGCGCUUUGGCAUCCUGCCCAACUGCUGCCAUGCCUUCUGCCUGAGCUGCAUCGUCACCUGGAGGAAGACCAAAAACUUCCAGGAGGAAGUUGUCAAGAGUUGCCCACAGUGCAGAGUCAAGUCAGCGUUUUAUAUCCCCCACAAGUACUGGGUGGAGGGGCAGCCGAAGGAGACGCUUAUCCGCAGCUUCAAGGAGAAAUGCAGUAAAAGGAGGUGUAACUUCUUCAUGCGUCACGGCGGUUGUCCAUUUAAGGCCGAGUGUCUCUACUGGCAUGACCUGCCCCACGGCUACCGGCCCCCUCGGCGCCGCCUGUCGGCAACCUCCCGUCAUGCCAUGAGCCUGGAUGAUUUGGACAGCCUACAGCUUCUUGACUUUGUAAUUGCAAUGACUCUGCUGGAUGACUUGCUGGAUGAGGACGAGGACGACGAUGAGGACGGGUUCCCACUGUACCUGAGUGGCUCGGAGUAUAACCUAAUCUGAGCACCGCCACUCCGCCCAAUGAAUUUACUCUGCUGUGGCUGGUUAGGUCAUCAGUCUAAUAAGACUGCUUGUUCACGGACCGUCUCUGGUGGGCAAGGGAUAUUUCUGUGAGGUGAACGCUGUUAUUAAAUCUGUUCAGACUGCAAAGAUGACCCAGGUUCACUUAUUUGUCUGGUUAAGCCCUUGACCGGUCUCAACCAUCGACUGACCGUUGUUUGGAUCCAGGACUGCGUUUGUCUUCCUCUUUCCCUGGGAGAUUGGUACUGGGUUCCAUAUGCUAGUCUGUUAAUUGAUGUGGUGGUCUCCUUUGGUUGGCCCUCUGUUUCAUUGAUCUGGUUUAAAAAAAAAAGUCACUUGUGCCAAUUGUCACUUGCUAUUUGUACCAUUUAAUCUUUUUUAAUGUAGUGUUUAUUUUAUGUAGGUCCAAAUAAAAAUGUUAUUGUCCUGAGACAUGGCUAGAUUUGAUAGUGCCCUAAUCUAGCCAUGCCUCAGGUCAAGACCUUGUUAUUAAAGUGUAUUUGAAUUAGAGCUGCUUACCUCUGAUGUUGACAAGGUAUCAUUCUCCUGUUGCUGUGUCUGUAUACUAAUUAAAGAACCAAUGUCAGAUUUUA